GGUCUCUUUUGUUUUAUUUUAUUAUAAACACAUAGGACCAACCCCGCAAGAAAGGAAACAGACAAAAUAAAGGCACAACAAAACAAAAGUACCUUCUCCUCCUCUCCUCACUCACUCACCUACCUACCUUUUCUGAUACUCACGGUUACUCAAACCCUGCAAUCUGCAUUCAUUCACCUUACAUACAAAUCCCUUCCUUCGUCUUUUUCUUUAUUUCUCUAAACAAACAGCCAUUUCAUUUCCUCUUCCAACCAUGGAAGCUUUUACCUUGCUCAAAUCCUGGAAACCAACUGCAGGUGAAACACCUCAACUUCCACUUCCCUCACCUCCUCCUCCUCUUCCUGCUACGGAGGAAGAAGACACUCAUGACAUCGAAACCACUGACGAAGAAGAUGAAGGCGAACCUUUCUUUGACAUAGAGCUUACUGUACCCGAAGAAGAUGAAGAAGAAAAGGCAAACGAGUCUGAUAUUAAUGAAUUCAGGUUUACGCUUUCUCCUUCCACCAAUGACCCUAACCUCGUGCAAUUGGAGCUUGAUUCCUCUGAACCUAACUCCAAACCUCAGCUCACAGCCUCUUUGUUGAAAUCUGCCACCAAGUUCCGUGUUUUCAUAUCAGGUCUCAACAAAUCAAACAAAUCCUCUAAUUCCUCAUCUCAAAAUCCCAAUCAACAACCAAAGUCAGAGUCACAGAAAAAGAAGCUCUUCACUGUGAAAUUCAAGGUAGAUGAAGUUCCAUUUGUAUCAUACUUCACUAGAGACAACAGCUCCAAAGGGAAAGGAAAAACUGGUAAUAAUAAAGCCUCUCAAAAGCAGAAGAAGCAACGCAACACCGAUGAAUCAAAGUUACAUUCACCUUCUUCUGAUGAGAAACAACGUUUCUCAAAGGAAGCAAUUGAAAAGUAUUUGAAAAAGGUUAAGCCUCUGUACGUAAAAGUUUCUCGAAAGUAUGCAGAGAAGCUCAAGUUUUCUGGACAUCUAAACACAUCGUCGGUGAAGACUGACGCGGCGGAGAAGGUUGAGGUGCGAGCGGAUCCUACUGAAAAUGAAAAUGAGGUAAAGAAUGUAAAAAGUCAGAAACAGGGGACUCUGCCUCUGCCUCUACCUGCAGGGUUGCGAGUUGUGUGCAAACGUUUGGGAAAGAGCCGUUCAGCGUCAUCUUCAACACCAUCGCCGGAGGCAGGGACGGUGUCUUCACGGCGGAGAGAUGAUUCAAUGACGCAGCAACAGGAUGGGAUUCAGAGUGCCAUUUUGCAUUGCAAGAGCUCUUUCAAUUCUUCCAAAGAAGAGUCUUCUCAACAUGAAUCAUCAAGAAAACUUGCGAAGGACUUUGAUGAUGAAGGAGGGUCCUUGAAAUAGUUGAGUAUCGUACUUUGUUGUUUAAGACACGGCGAAUGCGUUGCGUUUUGUUUUGUUUUUGAAACGUGUUAGUUUUGUACAAAGGAAAAAAAAAAAAUGAAAUGUUAAUAGUACUAGCUAGCUAGCUAGGUGGCUACUUUUAGUUAGACAUGGUAUGAGGAUGAAUUUAUUGUAGCAGAUAAGAAGUCGUAAAAUGUUUGGUUGUGGGGGUGGCUAUUGCAGGUGACAAUAACUGUUUUCCGCUGAAUCAGCCUAUUGUGCCUGUUGAAGGCGACAGUGAUCAACAACAUCUGUAAUUUUACAACUUAUGUAAAAUCACGAUCAUAGUUCAUUUCAUUACUUAUAUGUUAGCCUCUGUUUAUA